AUGUCACAAAUACACCAGGACAUAACGCAACCAAUCGAACCAUUCCUCAAGAAGUUUUUAAAUUCAUUAGAUAUUCAAUAUGCUUCGACAUCUUCACAAUAUCCCAAUGUAGAAGCAUAUGCUACACAAUUUGGUAAAGCAUUAAAGCCUUCAAGUGCUAUUAUAAUAAAUGGAGCACCAGUAAUACCUGCUGCCAAUUCUCAAGCCAAAUUAGAAUUCCAAAAGAAAUGGCUUCAAUCUCCAUUAUCAUUUCAUCAAUUAAAUAGUUAUGAUUGUCAUUUAAUACCUGGAACUGGUACAUUUAUAAUUAAUUUAAGUGCUAAAGUAAGAUUUGAUGAAAGUGGACGAAAUAGAUUAGGAGAAUCUGCUGAUAUAAUUCCUGAUCCUCAAAGAACUACAAGACCACUUUGGGGUUCAUGGUUUGGAGUUAAUAUAACUUUAGUAGUAGAUCAAACAGUUAUGACUAAUGAUGAAGCAGAAAUUAUAAAUAGUUUAAAUUACAGAUUUACAUUUAAACCAGAAGAUACUGUUAUAAAGAUAUAA